UUCAUAGUUUUAUUGAAAUUAGAAAACAAUACAGCCUAAUUCAAGAUUUCUGCUUUUGUUAGUUUUCAGCUUUAUUUCCUCUUUUAAACAUUUGCUUUUUGUAUAUUAUGAACACGUCUUUUAUAUAACUUUAGGCAGUUCUCUUCACGGGCUUCAUUGUCACUGCCUUUAAUGAUUAAGUGUCUGAAAACCGACUUGACCGAUAGGAGAAAUGAGAAUAUUUAUCUGGGUAAUAAGUAGUGUUCACUCAUGAAGAAGAAUAUUGGAGUUAUCAGUAGUUACUUAUCACCCCAACGAUGCUUCAAUCAUCAACGGCAAUCCACUCAGUCAAUUAAAUCACUAGAGAGAGAGAGAGAGAGAGAAUUGAGAAAGCAAUCCGGAGGAGCUGUAAUGGGUUGUGUUGCAAGCAAGAACCGGUGUGAUUCAUGCGAGAUUGACAUGGGAGAUUUUAGAGAGAAGAUAACACUUCUUCAGGAGGAGAUCAAUGAAGCAAGGUGCAAGAGAGAGAAGGAGAGUAAAGUUUAUCAGAAGCAAGCGAAGGUGUUUAUGGUUAAAGAGGCAGAGUGGAAGCGUGAGAAGAAGAAGAUGAGAGAGGAGGUGAAGAGGUUGAGAAAGAAGUUGGAAGAGAGGGAGAAGGUAAUUCGGAGGAUGGAAGAUGAGAUGUUAGUUGGAAGAAAUGACAAAGAGUGGCAAAUAUUAGGAGCCAGUAUUUUGGUUGAACACAUGUUGGAGGAACAAGCACGCCGGGACGAAGCCAUUGAAAAAUGGAAGAGACUCUACCUAGCAAUCAAGACAGAGCUCGAUGACCUCAUUUACAGGACAUAUCAAGGUGAUCUGAGAAAGGGAAACUAUGAGAAGAUGAAUGGGAAUCAGAAUCUCGGCGUUCCAGCAGGAAAGUGUUUGCAUACAGGAGGAGAGGCAAACAUGAUGGAAGAGCUAAAGAGGGAACUGAAAGCUAAGGAAGAAGUAAUCCAAGCCUUGAAAGCAAAAAUGGCUGCAAUGGACAAGGAGGGAGUCAAGAGGGAGAGGGAAGUUGACAUACUGAGGCAGAGCCUAAGAAUCAUGAGCAAUGCGAAAAAGUUGAGCAACUCUAAAAGACGAUCCAUAUAACAUCAAAAUCUCCCUCAAAUCUUGCGAUUGUAAUAUAUAUUGAUCACUGCAGCAUCUUGAUAUAUCUUUAGUUCCCAGUGUCUGGUA